AUGAUGCGAAAGGAUGUGAACAAGCCCAAAGGGAAGACGUCGGCGUACGCCUUCUUCGUCCAGACGUGUCGAGAGGAGCACCGCAAGAAGAACCCCGAGCAGUCGGUCAACUUUGCCGAGUUCUCCAAGAAGUGCUCGGAGCGGUGGAAGGGUUUGUCUCCCACCGAUAAAAAAUGUUUCGAGGACAUGGCCAAGGCCGACAAAGUGCGCUACAACAGGGAGAUGCGAGACUACGUCCCACCCAAAGGCUUCGGAAAGCGAGGUCGCAAGAGGAAAGACCCCAACGCUCCCAAACGGCCUCCGUCCGCCUUCUUCGUGUUCUGCAGCGAGUACCGUCCCAGCGUCAAGCAGCAGUACCCCGGCCUCUCCAUAGGCGACUGCGCCAAAAAGUUGGGCGAAAUGUGGAGCAAGUUGUCACAGUCGGACAAACUGCCGUACGAGGAGAAGGCGCAAAAACUCCGGGAGAAAUACGACCGGGAUAUGGUGGCAUAUCGGGGCGGCGGCUCGUUCACCAGGAAUCCCGGUUCCUCUGCUCAGGGCGGCGAGGAAGAGGAGGACGACGAAGGCGAGGAGGACGACGAAGAGGAGGAGGAUGAUGAGUAG